AUGGAGCUGGAUGUCCGUCAGUGUUUAUCCAAGGCUAAGGAGAACCGAGACUGCGGAGCUCUGGAGGCCGCCUUCAGUCUGCUAGGAGGCCGCAGGCAGCGUGGAGCCUCCCCCCCGGAGCUGGUGCUCACCUGCGCCGAGACAGCUCAACAGCUUGAGCGUGCUGAGAUCAGCGCAGCCUGCCUCAACAUGUUCUUCGAGGAGAAGUCAGCGGAGAAUCAGUUGGUGUGUCGAGCGUUUGUCUGCCAGGGCCAGCUGAAGGCUCCUGCAGCCACCGGCAGUGUGGAUGACUUUGACGAGGCUGUGAUGUGUUUUCUGAAAGCUAUUGAAAUGUCAAAGAAAGAACCGAGAAGUCACUUCAUGGUGUUCAACGCCUCCGUGCUGUACUUCCAGACGGUGCGUCCUCUCCUGCAGCCGGGCCGGUGCCGCCACCUGGUGCCCUCCUUGAAACAGGUGGUGCAAAGUCUGGAGGAGGUGUCAGACGGAGACCACCGCUGGAGGGCUGAGCUCAUGAUACACCUGGUCCGAUGCCUGGUGGACUCGGGGCAGGUGGAGGAAGCUGCACAUUUUGCCAAAGUUUCAGAAAACUUCAUUAAGACCCAAACUCCUCAUCUUUACUCCAAACUCUUUAAAUUACAGGUAGCCUUCAGGCUGUUAGAAGAUGAGGUCCUCCAUGAAACCAGCAGGCAGAACUCAACCUUAACAGUCAUUUACAAAAUGCAGGAGCUGAAAAGGUGGUCAAAAAUGAACAAAAACGUGCCGACAGGAGAGGAUUCUGGGAAGUUUGAGGAGAUUCUACAUCUUCUGGUGGAUCAAACCGAAGCUACGCCUGUGAGCUCCGUCCAACAGCCAACACCCGCCCCCCUCCCUUACAGAGCCUCCUUCCUGCUGGAGCUGGCUCUGCUGGCCUUGCAGGGAAAGCAUCAUAAAGUAGCCGCCGGCUGUCUGAAGGAGCUGAAGGCACGUGGAGAAGCUACUCUUGACCAUCGUCUAAUCAUGGAAUGUGUCAGCUGUGAGAUUAACUUUCUGAAGGAGGAGGCCAACAUGGACAUCUACUGCAGAGCCAGCGUGGAGGCCCGCCUGAAGGAGAUCGACAAGCUGGACCAGUGGUUGCAGACUGCAGCGAGGGAGGGGGCCCUGCAGGCUCUGCAGGUGCUCUCUGCCACGCAGUGGAGGUUCUGCCUGCCCCUCUUACAACAGAACCUCAGGAACCGGAUCAAGACUCCUCUGCUCAGGAUGGCCCAAGUCCUGGAAGACACACAAAGUGUGUUGCUGCAGCAGCGCUGUCACGUCCACUCAGAGCUGGCACUAGCUGAAGACGAGGACGGGAACCUCCAGGCGUCUUUGACCCACCUUCAGAAAGCUGUGUCCCUGGACCACGGGACGCACGGUGAACGCCUGUCUUCGUCUGUCCGGCUCCUGCAGCUCAGGAGGAACCUGCACCAAAGCCCUCCCCGGCCCGAGGACAGAGCCGCUCUGCUUCUGCAGCAGGCCAGAGACUUACCGCCCUGGAGCGAGGCAGACACUCGAGCUGUCCUGGUGUCUGUUGGUCUCCUUUUGGCCCCGGAGGAUUUCCAGAUGGUUCUGGAUGCUGACAACACCUCUGAAAUUCUCGUAGGAAGUCCUGGACCCGAGCCGGUGGACCAGCUCGCUGCUAAAGUUCAGCAUCACACUGCACGUGUGCAGCAGGCAGCCGGUCACCUGGACAGACGAGGCAAGGACACGGACAGUCCAGAAAGGGUCCAGUUGUGGGCAACGCUGGCGAAAACAGCCCGCAAGCAGGAAGUGUGGGACGUGUGCCGAGCGGCCUGCCGCUUCUGUUUGCUUUAUGAUGAUGGGACGUGGAAGAGCUCUAAGACUGCCAAGUGUAAAUGCUCAGAGGAGCAACGAGCUCCAGAACAGCUUUGCUGCUGCAGCGCAACACACGUGCACGUGCUGCGCCUCUUGGCUGAAGUUUGCUUCAUCAACGCUGAGGCUACUAUCGAUAAGCUUUUGUCAGAGGGGGUUCAGCUGAGCGGCCCGGCUGUCCGACCGCAGGAAGGAGGUUUCUCUGAACAAGAUCCAAACUGGCUGAUUUACAGAGACUGGAUCCAGGCUCUGUCUGCUGACGCCACCGGCAGCUUCCUGCGAGCAGCAGAGCUGGGCGCCGCCAUCCAGGAGCAGUGGGUGCUCACGAACUCGGCCGUUUACUUGUGGAACUACAACAACCACCUGCUGGCAGCCGGAGAGUACAGAGUCCUGCUGCCCACCUUCCAGAAGCUGCUGGGGAUGCUGCAGAAGUCUGAGAACACCAGCAGCACUGCUGUGUGCGUUCUGAUGAGUUCUGCUGUGGCCCGCGGGCUGAUCCAGCCUCUGUCUGAAUGGGACGGCGCCGAGUCCGCUCCGAAAGAACCCACGGGUCCAAUCAGAGAGAGGGGCGUGGAGAAGACCGCCAGCGUCCACAGAGAUCCUGCUGCCUUACAAGAUGUCCACAAGGCCUUAGAGCAGAAGGCAGCCAGCUGGCACCACACCUGCAAUUCCACGGCGGGGUCGGACCAGCUGCAGCCGGACGCCAUGCUCACCAGCUUCAGGCGAGGAGGGAACAGAAGUGUGCAGAGAGGAGAAGAUGAGGAGGAGAGGAGUUGGUCUGCAGACUCUCUGAGCGACCUGCCGGCAGCCACGAGCCUCCGGAUGGCCUCCGUGCUCAGAGUCUCUGCAGGGAUUGUGAGGACCUGCGUUCAUCUGGGCCUGGAGGACCUUUCACCCAAUCAGGAGCUCUUAAAUCUGAUCCAGAUCCCAGAAGAAGAACAAAUAGAGAGCCACAAAGCCAUGGUGAUUUCUCAGAAGAGAAGAAGCCUUCACACGUCACAUGACCAGUCGAUGGCGUGGAGACCAGAUAAAGACGUGACGCUUCAGGAUCUCUGGUUGGACAAAGCUGAGGUCUGCCUGGACCUCGACCUCCUUCAGCCGGCCAGGCAGCUGCUGGCCGAGGCCCACAUGGUGGCUGCGGAGCUCCGAGAUAAGAACGCCGUAUCAAGAAGUUUACUGAUCCUGGCCCGUCUGGCCUGCAUGGAGCAGAACUUUUCUGAGGCUCUGAUGCUCUUGGAUAAAGCCCAGACGUUGGGAAGGACCGCUGAGUUCUGGUACCAGCUCACCCUCAUCAGGGUCACAGCUGUGGUGGGCCAGGGAGACCCAGAUUCUCAAACCAGGGUGGAUCGCGUUGUGCACGCAGGCUGCGAGGCUCUGCAGCUGCUUCAAACGCAGCACACGAACAGAGCUCCACAGCUGAGCUCCGUCAUCGCAUCGUUACGUCUCAGGUUCCUGCUCUUCUGCCCAGGUCAUGGACUCUCACUGGCAGCUACAAGGAGGCUCACGGGCCUGCGGUUCUGCCUGGCAGAGCUGAGUCUGGAUGUUCUGGAGGAGCGUUGUGCUGUGGAGAUCCACCAAGCUUUGAGCCGUGCAAAGAAAACAUCCGUAGAAAUAAAGUUGGAAGAGUUUACUCGCAGCUCACCUGAGCCCGGCUCCACAGAGCAGGAGUGGGUGGCCGCGGGUCACACUUUGGGUCAGGUGGUUCUGAGUCAGCUGGCCGCCGUCAGCCUUCAGUCCUCGGACAACAUGGAGGUCAGAGCUCGCUGCCUGUGCUUAACUGGAAAAUACCUGAGACUGCUGGCUGUGCACGAAGAGCCCGUGCACGUGAGAGAUCUCUGGGAUGCACACACGCAGGAAACCUGCUCGGGCUCUGAAGGUUUUCUCACGGCAGACUCUGAGACAGACGGGGACUACAGCAGAAACAAAUGGGUUGUGACCUCGGCAGGAAAUCCUGAAUUGCAGAUUCAGGGCGGACUCAGCCAGGACGGAGGAGGACACGUGGUGCUGGAGACCCAGGCCUUCAGACAGCUGACCAUCAGUCCCAACCACCUCAGCAUCUUGUCAGAAAUCCCUCCCAAAAUGAAGGUCCUGCUGCUGCAGCACUCCACAGAAGGGUCGAAGGAUGCAUCUUCACUGGACUCUGAAAGAACGAAAGAAGAUAAAAGUUCAUCAGAUAAAGCUGAACCGGAGGAAUACUUGGUGUUGCUGGCAGACAGGAAGUUGUUGGAGCUGCCGCUCGAAUCCUUGUCGGUCCUGCAGGGUCAAGGCCCGGUUCCUGUGACCCGAGACUUCUCUUUGCAGAUUUUCUACAACCGUCUGAACAGAGAAGCACAGAAAGCUGAAAGUGACAACACGAAGGAGACCAAAGGUGGAAAGGCGGCAAAGGGGAGACGAGAUCAAAGUCAAAGCAUGAAAGCGGUUCCUGCCAAUCCUGCAGUGCCUUCUUCUACGUUCUUUACCGUAGACUCACGAGGUUUCAGAUUUAUCGUUGAUCCUCACAUCGAAGGACGCCUCGGAGGAACCGGUCUGAGUCGGAUAAUGAAGGAGGUUCUGCAGAGCCAGAAUCUGAGCCACCUAUGGGAGGGCGGUUCUGAUGUUUGCAGUGGUUCUGACCCGGAGCAGGUUCUGCUCAGAUGCAGCAUCUUCGUUUUCCUGGGGAGGGACUCCUUCUUGGCGAGCGUUCCUCCUGCUAAACUGGCAGUCUUCAACCUGUCCGGUACGGUUCUGUUCAAACUAACAUUUAUCUUCUUGGGUGGAGUGGAGAAGUUCUCAGACAUCUGGGCGGCCAUCUUGAAACAGGACGGCUCCACAGAGGAUCGUCUGAACAUCUGUCCUGUGGUCCAUGAGAUCUGA